GGUUAGACAGAGCAUUAACAACUUAAGUAGAGUUAAGUAACAGUUUAAUAUUAAACAGCAGUUUACCAGUAUUAAAUCCACGCAAUCCAUCAACAUGCAGAUGUUAGUAUGUCUAGUACUUGUAUCCAUGGCUGUGAUAAUGCCAAUAGAGGGUUAUACAAUCGAACAACUGAUUGCACUUCUCAGUCAGUUAAAGGAUCCUGCACCAGCCGAACCACCAGCACCCCAAAUGCCAGCCGAACCAGUAGUCCCGAUGCCAGUCGAUCCAGUACCACCGGUUCCAAGCGAACUACCAGCCCCGGCUUCAAACGAACCAGAAGCAAUAUCAGCCAUAACCAUUUUCGCGACAGAGGGAAAUGAUAUAGUUACCAAACUUAAUAGGGAGUUGAGCACGUUAAUAACCCAGGCAAUGACACAGAUUUCACUAAAACCUGCCCUUGACAUUUUGGAGGAUAUUGUACCGGAACUUGAGAGUUAUUUCGAUGAAUUAACGGAAAAUAAACAGAAGCUUGCGGAAGACCUGCCAUCUACUGGCACUCCUGCGGCUUCCAGCAACACCCUGGCGGCCAGGAACAACAUUCCCGCUCCAUCAGAAUCAUUAGCAACAUCAAUUUUAAACAGUUUCUCUACAUUGGGAGCCGAGAAACUUACCAGCCUCCAAGCAGAGUUGGCCAAUCUAAGAAUCCAAGCAAUGACACAGACCGGAUUAGCUGCUGCUGUGGACGUGUUGGAAGAUACUGUACCGGAAAUUGAAGAAUUUCUCACUGAAUUAACAGAAUCAAUGAAUAAGCUUAAGGCAGCACUACCAUCAACUGAAAGUACUGGCGAUUCACCUACAGGCGAAACCAUGGACAAAUCAGCUGCCACAGAACUUUUAAAUAAGUUAACAGAAAAAGGCCAAGAUUUUGCUGAUACGAUUCAAAUUGAAAAGACAAGAAUAACAUCUGAGGCAACGGCUGCACAGACUGAAGCCGAACUUUUAGACGAGUUGGCAGGUGAAACAGAUAAUAAGGCACAAGAAAAUCUACUCAAGAAUCGAGCUGAAGCACUGGAAACAAAAGCGGAUCAACUAUCGAAUGCUGCUGACACUUUGGAUGAUAUUUUGUCUGACUUUGAGGAUUUGAAGGAGAAUCUGCUGGAAUGGAUACCAAAGUACACCGCAGCACUUCCACCUCCAACCACAGAGACCGACGUCGAAAAGAGAACCUUGUCAUCUCUUUUAGAGCGUCUUUUGUCAUUACCACGUCAAGUUCAGUAAAGUUUCCCGUAGUGUGUGAUAUCACCAAUGUUAUAAGAAUUUCCUAUUUUAUCCUUUUAUCCAUUAUUGAAUAUACACAUAAUAUAUGAUUAUUUGUUCGAGUUUAUUGUGGUUUUAAAUGUAUCCGUUAUUUUAUCCUGUUCAAAAUAA